AUGCCUAUCGAGAGUGAAGUCCUGGGAGCCGACAAUCUCAUCAGAUAUCCAGUGAUAUCAACUCGAUUUGCGAGUCGUAAACGCCAUCGUUCGGGUUCUACUGACUCCAUCGGCACACACACAACGCAGGAUUCAUCUGCCUUGGCAUGUGUAGUGAAUGGUGGAAUGAUCGAAUCCAAUGAAAUUAACAACUGCCAUUCGAUGCUUGCAUAUGACGCGUGUGAUAGUUAUCUCUGGUCUUCCCGCUCCGACGAUGUUCCUCUCAAUUCGCAAACUACCGCAUUCAUCCCGAAAGGUUUUACUGUACACGAACCCGUUCAAGGACCAGAAGAAACUCGCACUGGAAAUCUUCCACCAGUACCUGCUUCAAUUGCUAGACGUGUAACCAGACCUCUCAAUAACGGCAGAAAUUAUCGGUGCAGUUUGUGCGGCGAUCCUCACUACACUCACCUGUGCCGUAAGCCACUCCCAUUCUCUUACAGAGCCGCUAUACUGCUUGUGAAACGUCGGCUUUGUCCAAAAUGUGUUCGACAACAUCAUCUUUCAGCUUGCAAGAAUACCGCACCAUGCGAGUACUGCGGCCGUAGUGACCAUGCGACUGUGCUGUGCCAAUAUCCGCUUAUGUAG